AUGCUCGCCAGCGCUGUCGACGUGGAGGCCGCGAUGCUAUUACGACAUGCGCUCGCUUCCCCCACAGCUGCCAAAGUGUUGUUCGACUUUGAGGCCUCGCGCCUCGCACGGCUUCUUGCACGAUGCCCUGAAGGCCGCAAGGUGUCCCACGUCUCUCUUGGCCGUCAACGCCAUGACGGUUUUACGCUGUAUGCUGGAGUGCGCCAAGGCUGUCCGCUGUUGCCGCUGCUCUUCGUGGUCCUUUCCGACGUCCUCAUCCGGUGGGCCCUGCGCGUGGCUCCGCUGAUCACGCCCAGGGCGCACGCGGAUGAUAUCGCCGUCGUGCUCCCGGACGCCGUGGUCGAGGCGCGCAUCCUGGAGUGCAUGUUCGCGGGGUGCCGCGCCAUUUCCGGCCUUCAGCUCCACCGCGGGAAAACGGUCUGGGCCCCGCAGAGUUUGCCGGACGCGGCCGCCGUCCGUUGCGACCUCCAACAACGGUUCCGCAACUGGAGUGAUUUCGCCAUCCAACAGCAUGCUACCUACCUUGGUUCCUGCACGGUGCCAGGCAGGGGAGACCGCUCAUGGGUGAAGGUGGCCGCCAAGUUCCAGGAGCGCGCCCUGUUACGGCAGCGCGUCGGAUGCGGCUGUUUCAACGCCUCCCUCGCUCGUCGGACGCACAUCCCUGAGCCUUCCAGCAAUUGGGACGACAUCGGGCGCGACGUCUGCAAGAUACUGUUCCGAGGUCCCGGGUGUUGGGCCUCACCGCGCGUGCUCCACAGCCUGCGGAUGCUCGGCUUUCAGACGGAGCUCCCGAACCUGCACGACAUCGCACAUGCUGCGAAGCGUCCGACGGCCGUCAAGCUCUCCAAGCGAGCACUGGUGCUCUACGCUGCGCAGCCGGCCAGUUGCGCCAAGCGUCGCGGAGGCACGGGCAACGCAACAGAGGCGUUUCCCGUGUACAGCCGCAUACAGCUGAAGGGCCUCGUGGUGAACACAGACCUCAAUGGGCUGUGCGGUGUUGUGGCGCCCCCUGGGCUGUCACAGACGCAGGAGGUGGCGGGCACGCUCAGGGUGCGUUUGGAAGACGGCCGCGAGGUGGCGUCCCGGCCGGGCAACCUGGAGCGGGCGGGGAGCCUGCCGCCGGACAGGGAGGCGCGGGUGCAGCAGGUUCUCGAGCUGCUGAAGGGCGAGGCCGCCGCCGCCCUGGCCGCGAAGCAGGCCGCGGUGGCGGCCGCCGCGGCCGCCCUGCAGGGGCUGCCGUGA